UUGGGGGAGUGUGAGGUUGCUCCUGAAUUUUCUUUGGGAGAGGUGCGUCAGUUCCGCCUCUCCCGGCGCUUCAAACUUCCUGGGUCGGUGCUUGGAACCUGCAGCGACCGGGCGAUUUAGGGGGAAAGAAGCCUGGGUAGGGUACGCAGCCUGACUUCUCACAAAGGGCUGCACAGAGGUGGAAGGAGUGACACCUUGGCUACUGACAGCAAGGUUCCACGCACCCCGCCAGGUGCAGCUCCACCUUCCUCUUACCUGUGCAACUCAGGACUCUACACACGCCCGGAAGUAGGAGGACACAGGACCAUGUUCAAGGAGACGGUGACGUUCAAGGACGUGGCGGUGGUCUUCACGGAGGAGGAGCUGGGGCUGCUGGACCCCGCCCAGAGGAAGUUGUACGGAGACGUGAUGCUGGAGAACUUCAGGAAUCUGAUUUCUGUGGGAGGAAAGAUCCAAAGUAAGAUGAAGACUGUUAUAGAAGCAGAACCACCUGAAGAGCUUUCCUGCUGGCGGAUCUGGCAACAGAUUGCAAGUGACUUAACCAGGUGUCAGGGCUCCAUGAUAAAGAGUUCUCAGCUCCCCAAACAAGGUGAUUCACCCGGACAGGUUGGAGCAGGACAGUCUGCAACUCACACAGGCCAGAAACCUAAUCAGUCUAGUGAAUUUAAGAAAUAUUUCAGUGAUGUCUCCAGCCUUGAUUUUCAUCAACAAACACACUCAGGAGUGAAGUCUCAUACCUGUCGUGAGUGUGGAAAAAGCUUCUGUUACAGCUCAGCACUUCAUAUUCAUCAGAGAGUUCAUCUGGGAGAGAAACGCUACAAGUGUGAUGAGUGUGGUAAGGAAUUCAGCCAGAGCUCAUGUCUGCAAACUCAUCUGAAAGUUCACACUGUGGAGAAGCCAUUCAAAUGUGAGAAGUGUGGGAAUGGCUUCUGUCGUAGAUCAGCACUUAAUGUUCAUUAUAAAUUGCACAUGGAAGAGAAACCUUAUAAUUGUGACCAAUGUGGAAGGGCCUUCAUUCAUGCUUCACAUCUUCAGGAACAUCAGAGAAUCCACACUGGGGAGAAACCCUUCAAAUGUGAUAAAUGUGGUAAGAGUUUCCGACGUAGAUCAUCACUUAAUAGCCAUUGUAUGGUCCAUACGGGAGAAAAACUGUACAAAUGUGAGGAGUGUGGGAAGUGUUUCUUUUGUAGCUCAAAUCUUCAUAUCCAUCAGAAGGGCCACACACGAGAGAAACCUUAUAAAUGUGAGGAGUGUGGGAAGGGCUUCAUUCAGCCUUCACAUUUUCGGGCCCAUCAGAGAAUCCAUACUGGAGAGAAACCGUAUGUAUGCAAAGUGUGUGGUAAAGGUUUUACUAUGAGUUCAAAUCUUCAGGCACAUCAGAGAGUCCACACAGGAGAGAAACCAUACAAAUGCGAUGAAUGUGGGAAGAACUUCGGUACAAAAACCCGUUAUCAAGUUCAUCUGGUAGUCCACACGGGAGAGAGACCCUAUAAAUGUGAGGUAUGUGGGAAGGACUUCAGUCAGAGAGCAUAUCUUCAAUCCCAUCUGAAGACCCACAGCAUAGAGAAACCUUACAAGUGUGAGGAGUGCGGGCAGGGCUUCAAUCAGAGUUCCCGACUUCAGAUUCACCAGCUGAUCCAUACUGGUGAGAAACCACACAAAUGUGAAGAGUGUGGGAAGGGAUUCAAUCGUAGAGCAGAUCUCAAAAUUCACUGCAGAAUCCACACAGGAGAGAAACCAUUUAAUUGUGAGGAGUGUGGGAAAGUAUUCAGGCAGGCCGCAAAUCUUCUGGCCCAUCAGAGAAUCCAUAGUGGAGAGAAACCAUUCAAAUGUGAGGAGUGUGGGAAGAGUUUUGGUCGCAGUUCACACCUUCAAGCCCAUCAGAAAGUCCACACGGGAGAAAAGCCGUACAAAUGUGAGGAGUGUGGGAAGGGCUUCAAAUGGAGCUUGAAUCUUGACAUGCAUCAGAGGGUCCACACAGGAGAGAAACCCUACAAGUGUGGGGAGUGUGGUAAGCACUUCAGUCAGGCCUCAAGUCUGAAGGUUCAUCAGAGUGUUCACAGUGAAGAGAAACCAUACAAAUGUGAUGUGUGUGGCAAGGUCUUCCGCCACUCUUCGCAGCUGCAGUCUCAUCAGCGGGUUCACACAGGGGAGACACCUUACAAGUGUGAAACGUGUGGUCAGAGCUUCCGUUGGCGAUCAAAACUUUCACAUCAUCGCAAAACUCAUGGUGGCAAUACAUUUUAUGAAAGUAAGAAGAGUGGUAAGACCAUCAAAGAAUCAUCAGAAAGAAGUUCUCCAAAAUGAUGCUUAAUAAAACCCUGAAUUCUUAUCAUUAUUGAGUCUCAUAAGAGAGAAAAUACUUGUGUUAGUUUAGUUGGUAUUUAAGCAAUAAUUGAACAUAUCUCAGUUUUCACAAGAUCACACAGUUGAGAAAACUUGUAAGUGGUGUGGUAAGUCUUUGUUCAGAAUCACUUAGGAGGUAGUAGUACUUAGGAAAAGAGUUUGGGCUGGCCUUUAACACAAGUAUAAUGAUGGGUAUACCAGAAUUGAUACCCACUAGAAUGUAAGCUCCAUGAGGGCUGGGACUUUGCUGCUAAAUCUAUACAGCCCUCAAAGCUGGAGGCAUCAUAAUUCUGGACUUCAAGUUAUAUUACAAAACUAGUAAACAAAAUUGUAUGGUACUGGCACAAAAACAGACACAUAG